AAUCACAAUCCACUUUACAAUCUUUAUCAACGCCUUCCAACACGUCACAUAAAUUUACUUGCUUUUGGUAAAUUCUCCUGCAUUGCGCGUUGAGACAAACAAAUAUGGAUCAAGAAUAUGAUGUUAUAGUUUUGGGAACAGGGUUAAAGGAAUGUGUGAUUAGUGGACUUAUGUCUGUUAGUGGAAAGAAAGUAUUACACAUGGAUAGAAACAGCUACUAUGGAGGGGAAUCGGCGUCCAUUACGCCCUUAACUGAUCUGUUCAAACACUUCAAGAAAGAUGAGAAACCUCCAGAAAAUUUUGGUCCAUUUCGUGAUUGGAAUGUUGAUUUAAUCCCAAAAUUCAUCAUGUCGACUGGUCAACUAUCAAAGCUCUUGAUACAUACCGGUGUAACUCGCUAUUUGGAAUUUAAACAAAUCGAGGGUAGUUAUGUAUUCAAGGGUAAAAAGGUCUAUAAGGUACCCGCUACCGAAACGGAAGCUUUAGCAACGAGCCUGAUGGGAAUUUUCGAAAAGAGAAGAUUCAAGAAAUUUCUCUCGUUCGUCGCUUCUUAUAAGGAAGAUGAUCCUAAAACGUGGGAUGGCUCAGAUUUACAGAAAAUGACGAUGCAGGAGUUAUUCACAAAAUUCGGAUUGGACAGUAACACUGCCGAUUUUACUGGGCAUGCUAUGGCACUGCAUACUGACGACAAUUAUCUUAGAGAGCCAGCUAUUCACACAGUCAAGAGAGUCAUCUUGUACUGUGAGUCGUUAGCAGCUUUCAAAAAGUCUCCAUACCUUUAUCCUUUGUAUGGUUUGGGAGAGUUGCCCCAAGGAUUUGCGAGAUUGAGUGCCGUGUACGGUGGCACAUACAUGCUGAACAAACCCUGUGAUGAAAUCGUAUACGAUAGCGAAGGAAAAGUUUGUGGUGUUAGAAGCGGUGAUGAUAUUGCUAAGUGCAAGAAGGUUGUGUGCGAUCCAUCAUACGUUCCUGACAAAGUUCAAAAAGCUGGACGAGUGGCCAGGAUUAUAUGUAUCAUGAAUCACACAAUUCCCAAUACCAACAACAGCACCAGUUGUCAAUUGAUUCUGCCCCAAAAUCAGCUCAACCGAAAGCACGAUAUCUACGUUUGCAUGGUUUCCAGCGUCCAUAAUGUAGCUCCGAAGGACUACUAUGUCGCUAUGGUUUCAAGUAUGGUUGAAACAAAUGAUCCUGAAUGUGAAUUGAAACCUGGUUUAGAUCUGCUGGGCCCUAUUCUGAGGAAGUUUGUCAGUAUUUCAGAUGUUUACGAACCUAAAGACGCGGGAGAAGAGAAUGGUCUUGUUAUUUCUAAAAGCUACGAUGCCACAACGCACUUCGAAACGGCUUGUCAAGACAUUUUGAGCAUGUAUAAGCGAAUAACAGAAAAGGAGUUCGACUUUUCCCAGAUUAAAGAUAACAUUCAUACUGAAGAAUAA